CCCGUACGGACUGUACGUGUGAGUGCGUCAGAAUGUGUGCGUACCGUGGCCACCCCUCUGCUCUUCUCAGGUCUCACCCCGAGGUUUAUCGUCAGCAAAAAUGUCUGGAAAAAUCCAUGGUGGUUCUGUGGUAGAGAUGCAAGGAGAUGAAAUGACGUGAAUCAUUUGGGAAUUGAUUAAAGAAAAACUCAUUUUUCCCUAUGUGGAACUCGAUCUGCACAGCUAUGACUUAGGCACAGAGAAUCGGGAUGCCACCCAUAACCAAGUCACCAGGGAUGCUGCUGAAGCUGUAAAGAAGCACAAUGUUGGUGUCAAGUGUGUCACCAUCACCCCCGAUGAGAAGAGGGUGGAGGAGUUCAAGCUGAAACAAAUGUAGAAAUCACCCAAUGGCACCAUCCAAAAUACUCUGGGUGGCACCAUCUUCAGAGAAGCUAUUAUCUGUAAAAAUAUCCCCUGCCUUGUGACAGGGUGGGUAAAACCAAUCAUCGUAGGUCGUCAUGCCUAUGGGGAUCAAUAUAGAGCAACUGAUCUUGUUGUUCCUGGGCCUGGAAAGGUAGAAAUAACUUACACACCAAGUGAUGGAAGCCAGAAAGUGACAUACCUGGUCCACAACUUUGAAGAGGGCGGUGGUGUCGCCAUGGGGAUGUACAACCAAGAUAAGUCCAUUGAAGACUUUGCACACAGUUCCUUCCAAAUGGCUCUGUCUAAGGGUUGGCCUCUGUAUCUGAGCACCAAAAACACUAUUCUGAAGAAAUAUGAUGGACGUUUCAAAGACAUCUUUCAGGAGAUAUAUGACAAGCAAUACAAAUCCAAGUUUGAAGCUCAGAAGAUCUGGUACGAGCACAGGCUCAUCAAUGACAUGGUGGCCCAAGCCAUGAAGUCAGAGGGAGGCUUCAUCUGGGCCUGUAAGAACUAUGAUGGCAAUGUGCAGUCAGAUUCUGUGGUCCAAGGUUAUGGCUCUCUUGGCAUGAUGACCAGCGUGUUGAUUUGUCCAGAUGGCAAGACAGUGGAAGCCGAGGCUGCGCACAGAACUGUAACAUGCCACUACCGCAUGUACCAGAAAGGACAGGAGACCUCUACCAAUCCUAUUGCUUCCAUUUUUGCCUGGUCCAGAGGGUUGGCCCACAGAGCAAAGCUUGAUAACAACAAUGAACUUGGCUUCUUCCCAAAAGCUUUGGAAGAAGUCUGCAUUGAGACCAUUGAGGCUGGCUUCAUGACCAAGGACUUGGCUGCUUGCAUUAAAGGUUUACCCAAUGUGCAACGUUCCGACUACUUGAAUACCUUUGAGUUCAUGGACAAACUUGGAGAAAACUUGAAGAUAAAACUAGCUCAGGCCAUACUUUAAG